GAUCGAUCGCUCCGCCCACACAGUCACGUGGUAUAGUGAUUUGAAAACUCCGACAAGCAGAUUCUCAAGAUGGCGGAUGCAGCGAGUUUGAAAGAUGUACCGAGCGAUUUUGGAGAGUAUUUUCUUCCUUACAAACCAUGCUUGCGGCAGCGGAUUCAGGCCAGGAAGUUUUCCAAUGAAUCAUAUAUCAGCAAAUUGCAGUUGUUUCAUGGCAGAGAUGGGGACAUAGAUGUAAAAUCCGUUGUAUUUCGUAGCCAGCGGAAAAAUGACGAUGGACACAUGGUAAACAUGUCGAUCGGAAGAUCAUGCGUGUCGAACGCAAUUUGCUCAUGCAAAGCAGGGGCCUCUGGUGAAUGUGCCCAUGUACUGGCAGUGAUCCUUAAAAUAACCGACUGGAUCCUGAAUGAUCUUAAAGAGAUACCUCUUCAGCCAGCCUGCACUUCGCUGCCUCAGCAGUGGGACAGACCCAGGGGCGUCUGCAUAAAAGGUGAGCCACUCAGCACAAUGGUUAUAUCUAAGCCCGGCAACACCAGUCAGAAAAAGAGACCAAUUACUGCAGAUUUCGAGGACACAAGGAAAAUACAACUUCUACAGUCAGACAUCAAGACCUUGCAGUCCCUGACUGGAUGUCCACUGUCCUACUUGGCUCACAUGCCAGGGCACACAGUUUUUACUGACUUUGGAAGCCAGUACCUUGGCAGUGCUCUGUCAUACCAGGUUAGUCUUGAAUGAGAAUAGGCAUGAACUUGGUAAAAAAACAGCAGCAAAACCAAAUUUGAUUUAUUGAAGGGAACAGGCUAAUGUCAAUUCUGUGGUCAACAAUUUUAAACUUUUUCGCACGCGAUAUAGCUCGCUCAACAUGUACGCGAUGCUUUGCUAUUUUUCUUGUAAGUGUAACUUCUCCAGCAGACAUCUGAUUGGUACUUGAA